AUGGCCUACGCAGUUCUUGGAGCGACAGGAAACUGCGGUACGGCAUUGAUCCAUCAGCUCCUUCAGUCGUCCGUCCCGAUUCAUGCCUAUUGCCGAAAUAGACCCAAACUAUUAGACCUGAUUCCCGAGCUCGCAGAUAGCAAGCAGGUGCAGAUCUUUGAGGGUAGCAUUCACGAUGUCACCCUUCUGACCGACUGCCUCCGUGGCACCCGGGCAGUCUUCCUCGUGGUUUCCACCAACGACAAUGUCCCCGGCUGCCGCAUGGGACAGGAUACAGCCCUCGGGGUAAUUAAAGCGCUGGAAGCCCUGCGUGCCGAGUCAAAUGAUGUCAUCAUCCCGAAGCUCGUGCUUCUUUCCUCCAACACGAUCGACGAUCAACUAUCCCAACACACGCCGCCCUGGGUGCGGUGGAUCUUGCUACGCUCGGCGUCGCAUGUUUACCACGACCUUCGGGUGACUGAGGAUCUCCUCCGUGCGCAACACGAAUGGUUCUCGACCAUCUUCAUCAAACCUGGAGGGUUGUCAGUGGAUGUUGCGCACGGGCAUGCCCUGAGUUUGACGGAGGAGCGUAGCCCCCUGUCCUACGCCGACCUAGCUGCAGGGAUGAUCGAGGCCGUGGAUGAUCCCGACGGCAAGUGGGAUAUGCGGAAUGUAGGGGUGCUGUCAGUCAAUGGACCCGCCAAGUUUCCCCGAGGAGGGCCUAUGUGCAUUGCCAUGGGUUUUAUCAGGCACUAUUUGCCUUUUCUGCAUCCUUAUUUGCCAUCGACGGGACCAGCCUAG